AUGACCGACCAUCGACAAGCGACCUACCGUCGACUGAGCCCGGCGCCCCCGUCGCCGACGCCAUCAGCCCCCUUCGUCCGAACUCCGAGCCGAAUGCGAAUGGUCCUGCUCAUCCUCGCUGGAACAAGUGCGGCACUGGUCGGAGUAUACAGGGCGGACAUUGGAUCGAGCGGGCUCGGGAGGCUUGAACGUUGUGGCGCGGAUUUGUACGACCAACAUGGUUUCAUUCACAUGGAGAAGAAGGCGGAGGGAGCCGAGGACAUCAGGUGCGAAAGCAAUGCUUCCCCUGCCUGUGGGCCAUUGCUAGGGUCACUAAUACGUAGCUUACUCCCACUUCGUUUGCUUCAUCGAACUUUGAUAAUGACUCAACGUGCGCUCCACUCCUCAAUAUCCCGCCCAACACUCGUCGUGGCCCCUUCUCCAGAUGGAUCCCCUACACGGCCGAAAACGUUUACCCGAGCUCACUCGACGCCGUCGCCGACAUCUACAACACUUCUGUCCAUCCUUCCGAUGCCGACCUGGCUUCUUCGCCCCCAGCUUACUCUACUCUACUCGAGACUGACCCCCAAUCGCCGUCGCUGUCGUUUGCUCGCAACAGCACGAUUGUCUUGGUCGGCGAUUCCCACGACCGAAAGAAUCUCGAAUCGAUGUGCUCUCGCGUGCCCGGCGCUGUGCGGCAUGCCUUUGAUGGACAUCUCAAAUGGGGAUGUUCGCUACCCUCUAUCGGCCUCAACUUUGUGUUGCUUUUUCAUUACGGCCUAAUGACCGAGGACGAGCCUUUCCGAGACGUUCAUGAUCAGCCUCCUAAUCUCAUUGAGCGCCGCGUCGACCAGAUCCUGCUGCCGAUGCUCCAGGACUUUACGCCAUCGAUCCCCAGUCUGAUUGUCUUCCAGUCCGGAUUCUGGGACCUGCGUUAUUGGGGGUUGCGCGCUCAGGCCGAGGGUGCGAAUGCUCAAGGUCGUCUUGCCGCCGGCCUCGUCAACGGCGGCGAUCGGCCGUUGCUCUGGAGCGAGCUGAAGUGGUAUCGGCGGAGGUUUGGGGAGGUCUUGGAGGCGCUGAAAGCAACAUUCCCCAAUUCGGGGAUCAUCACAAGGACGAUCCAGCCCUAUCGUGACAACAGGAAUGGGCGGAACGUCGCGAUAUUCGAGAUGAACGAAUCAAUCAAGGCAAUCAGCCGUCGACACAACAUUGCAACGAUGCGAUGUGAGUGUCCCGCGUAGGCAAGCUGCUGUAUUCAUACAGUACAUAGUAACCCAUUCAUCUGGCGGGAUUUUCUUUUUCUUUUUCUGUUUUUUGUCUUCCUAUGUACAGGGGCGGAACUCUUGCAGGGCACCGAGUCGUACGCCGACGACCAACACUUUGAGAUAGGGAGCUUGCCGUACCGACUCUGGAUGAAUAUGGUGCUGUACCAACUUGAAAGAAGUUUGCUAGGCUGUCUCCACGGCGGUGAUAGACUCUGA